AUGGAAACAUUGACCUACAGGAGUGACACCGCAGAGUAUGCAUGGCUGCACAUCAUGCUAAGCGUGUUCAUAAUACUGUUCAACAUACCAAUCGGCCUCCCUUUUCUCUUCCGGCCCCUGCUUCUUGCUCAGACUUAUGUUUGGUGCCGGGUCAACCCCACAGUCCGGGUCUCCAUAUUUGGCCUUUUCACUCUUCCAACAAGCCUGUAUCCACCCGCUUUGAUACUGCUUGAUCUACUCACUGGAGGCCCAGCGAAAGCUCUUGGUGGCAUCGUCGGUCUUCUGGCAGGUCAUUUAUGGUGGUUUCUUUUUACGUACCUCCCAAGCCAUGCGCCUUCCCAUCUACGCCGUGCCAACCCCCUUGCAACACCCCUUUUCUUCAAGAGACAAUUCCCUGCUAGUCAGCCAAUGCCCCAGACUGUAACAGUACAGCAAGGUCAGAGGCUUCACAAGCUGCUAGGCAUAGGUGGGGUGGAGGACAGCGACUUGGAGGAUCUGCCCUCUGAAAGGUACACCAGGAUGAACAUGUUGAAGCUGUGGGCAGUCUGGGCUUGCCAGGAAGGCAAGUAUGCUGCCGGCUUUGCCAAAUGGAGCCAGCUCUGGAUGGCAAAAGUCCUAGACCAAGACUGGAUUCACCAGGCGCAGCGCUCUGUUACCAUGAAGUGCAUGAAGGGGACCACUCCCCAACACUUUGAGACCUUUGCUGCCAGCAUACUUGACCACCAGAACUUGCUCAAGGGUUCUUACAAACUGCUCACCAUAAUGGGGCCAAGUGUAUCUUGCUGGCUGGGUUGUGUUCUCACUUAA